GAGGAGGAGGAGGAGGAGGAGGAGGAGGAAGAGGAGGAGUCUGUAAAUCCACGAUGAGCCGGCUCUGCUGCAGACAACAAGUGUGCAGAGAGAGAGAGGAUCAGACGACUCUGUAGCAGAGAGAGAGAGAGAGCGUGACGGGACGAGAGAGGGAGGAAAAGGAGGUUACCACGGCAACUCGGGGGACGACGUCGCUGCAGCGGCGAGGACGCCAGGACACACAGGUUGUAGUCAUAAUGAGAAAAUUGGAGGACAGAUCUGGUCCAGUUCCACCUCUGACCCUCAUCAAACAGUUUGGGACUUAACUGGGUACCAGGAGGUCAAUGUCCCCUUUGCACAAAUAGGGAAGGUCCGCAGGAAAAGGAAGAUCAGGGCAUUUACGUGACUAAGGUGCCAACAUGUCUCAGGCAGGUAAAGUCCUCCACCUGUACGUUGAGGUGAGAUCUGUGGCUGAGGAGGAAGGGAAGGGGCCAGGAACAAGAGAUGAUGGGACUGGUCACCUGAUGCUUCAUUGCCCAGAUGUUCUCCCUCACUCCCAGGGAAGCUCCACCCGCUCCACCCCGAACCGCAGUCCAGAUCUUUCUCCAGUCUCUGAGCACCAAACUAGGGUUGGAAGCCACAGCCUACCCCCCUCCUCCAGGCACUCAGUCACCUUCCAACUCCAAAACCCUGAUGCUACAGUGUCUUCCACCCAGAUCCAACCGCAGGACGUGUUGAAUGACAGUUUUGGUCGACUACUCCAGAUCCUUGCACCUGGAACGACCAGUACAGGCCAACAUGGCUCACUGGGACGCACCUGUUCUGACAUAGAUUCUUACCGGGGACGAGUGCCUGUAUCCCCAUCUUCUACAUCCUCUGGGAGGCUGACCGUACCCUCCACACCCAUCAGCAACCGCAGGUCCUGUGAGGUCCCAGAGGUUGAGGGUGAGAAUGGGAAGACAUCUGUGGUGACCUUUGGGUACAUAGAGAAAGCUAACGUUCAGAGCAUGGGGGGGAAAAGUGAUUUGGACAAUCCUCUUAACAGACUUGUAGGGCAGAUGCUCCCUGCCCAUCUCCAGAAGAGGUUGAGCGACCCUGUGUGGUAUAAUAGUCAGCCAUACCAGGGCGAUCCUUACCCUAGUCACCCCUACCCAUCUCAGAAUGAGUCCCCACGGGGCUCGCCUUAUACGCAGAGGGCUUGCCUGGAUGCAGUUGCCAGAGAUGCCACCUACAGGGCCUUGCAGGAGUUUGGAUCCCCAGAACUCAGGCGCAGAUUUGCUGGUCACAGCCCAGAGAAUUGCAGCCCGAGCUUGCCACGGCACUACCAGUCCUCUCGCUGCCGGUCAUGGGCAGGGUCACCUGUGCUGCCCCGCAGCACCCACACCCUGCCAUCCAAGGCCCAGCUCCUGGAACUGGACAGGGGAGUCUGCCGUAGUUCAGUGAAUGGACUACCCAGAAGUCCUGCCUCUGACCACCUAUGUGCCCACACUGGGUACUCCCACUCAGUUGCUCCAACCUCAGCUCUUCGCUCUUAUGGCCUUCCCCAGAGCCAGCAGAGGCCAUUGGUAGGGGAGGAGAGCCCUAGGUUGUCCAGCAAAUUUCACCCACCUUUACCUGCAGGGAGACCCACAGAUAUCCAGCAUGAAGUCCCAACUAGCAUAUUCCCCAGUAGCAACCAUUCCAGGACUGGCUACCAAGCUAGUGGGAACACAAAACACAACCAACACAGUGUUCAUAGUAGUAACUAUAGUGCUAACGUCAUCAACACCAGUCAUAAUGCUACAGACAGUAUGCACUGCAGCCCUAAUGAUAACUCCAACCUAUCUAUUAAGACUCACCACAAAUCAUCACGCUGCAGCAGCAGAGCCAGUGACGCAGUCAGUCCUACCAAUGGCAGGAGGAGCGUCUCUCCUUCCUUAAAUGCUGAAGUAGCUGGUAAGUUAGCUGUGGAGGCUGCCAAACUGUCCACCGUUUUUGCAGACAGAAGGACUUCAUCUCCAACACUUUCCCAAGCAGAGUCACUGAGGUCAGAGAGUCCUAAGAUAGAAGGGGCAUCCCUAAGAGAAUCCCAACCUCAUGCCACCCUUCAUGUGCGAAGCUCCCCUGAUCCUCUACAGGCCGAUAACCAGAACCGCAGAUGGAAAACAGAUAAAGCAAUACCUCAAACCCGACCAGGACGUGUCUCCCCUCUCUUAUCCCAGAAAGGCCUGACUUCACCAGCAUCUCCAGCACCGCAUGCUAGGUUGCAUCAUGCAGCCAUCUCUCAAUCACCUGUAUUGGCCCCAAAGCAGCAACAGGGUUCAUCACCCAUUAAGGAAAUGUCUGCCCUGCACCGCUAUCAGCCGCCACAGUACACUGGAGACCACAAUACGCCUAGCAUGGAGCUAAGGCAGUAUGAUCACCUCUUCGAUAGAUCACCUAGGGACAGCCCAGAGCUCUCAAGGAGACUUUUCUCCAGCCAAAACACAGAAGCAUUUCCUGUGAGCUGGACCGCCAGGCACCAGGAGUGGAAGGAGACUGGACCUGUCCCGGAUGGGGAUGUACUCUGUGAAGAAAACAUCAGACAGUCAACCUCUGGAGUUUACACUCCAAGCAAACAGGAGUAUCAAAGGAAAGUCGGAGGAGACAAAGGAACGAAGACGUCAGUGCAGGGGUACCAGAGGCCAGGUACUGGCCUGUCCAAGGAUCAGAGAGAGGAGGUUCAGGAUCACAGUGGGGCUACUGGGACAUCCUCUCAGAGCUCCAGUGGUGUAACUGGCAGCAUGGUAGACAGUUCCCAGCUGGACAGAAACGAGAGUCUGUCCCCCGAAACCUCAAGCCAGUCCAGCCACGACACAGCAGACAGCGGCUCAGGGAUACAGUCUGACGGCGGCUCAGCGACGACUCCGUCCACACGAUCGCUGAAGAUCGCCCAAGCCAAGUGGGAGUUCCUGUUCGGGGGGCAGACGCAGGAGAGUCGCUGCAGUCAAGAAGCUCCACCCAAGGCGCCUCCGACCAGUGCCUCGCCCAGCCCCACCCCUCCCUCCUCCCUCCAUCUGAAACCAGCCAAUCAGGGGAGGGGGCUGGACAGCAAGGGUCAAAACUUGUCGUAUCACGAGGUGCGGCAGGUGGAGGUGGAACUGGUGACCCCCGACCCCCGAGGCUUUACCCCGAAGACGGGCAUCAUCCGCCAAACCAUCAAAUACUCUGAGACAGAUUUAGACGCCGUGCCGCUGCGGUGCUACAGGGAGACCGACCUGGACGAGGUGAUGCGGGCGGAGGCCGAGGCAGCUGAGGAGGCAGACGCAGCCUUUGGGAGUAACCACAGCGUCUUGGGAAACUCCAGCUUCAGCCCCGUCGAUGCCUCCCCGAAACCCCAGACGGGUGGGAGGAGGAAUGAGGAAGAGGAGGAGGACGGGGAGGAGGAGGAAGAGGAGGAAGGAGUGGUGAGCUGGGCCAGUGUCCGGAUGCUGGGAGACAGACAGAGACAGAAAGCCACCAAGGAGGAUGCUGAUGUGUUCGGUCUGCUGCUGCAAGGGCCGGUCGAGGCGUCGUCUAACUCACACGGCGGCCUCAAGUCUCCGAUCUCCCUCGGCAGCCCCCGCCGACCCUCCGAAAGCAACCUUGACUCCUUCAGCCGCCAUUUUGAAAGCAUCAUGGAGUCUCACCGGGCCAAAGGCACCUCGUACAGCAGCCUGGACAGCGUCGACCUUCUGACCUCCGGGUCCACGUCCGUGUUCACCUUCGACCUGCCCACCCUCACCCCAGAGAUCCAGAGUCAGAUCUGCGAGAGCGCCAAGCAGAUCAUCGAGCUGAGUUUCGCCCCGCUGGCCCACCCGGACCCGUCUGCCCCCUCAGAGACGUCACGCUCCGAAAUCACCCUCAGUGCCUCGGGGGCGGGGCUCCGAGACAGCUCCAAAGACGACUUCGGCCCUCCAGUUCGAUCCAAGUCGGAGAAAGAGUCGUGCCGUCGCUCCGUCCUCAAAGACGGCUUCCGCAAGGCGAGCUCGGCCCCCUCGCUCCACAGCAGCCCCAGGGAGCGACCGGGGAACCGCCCGCCCGAGCUGCUGUACCCGCAGGACGACGUGGCGGAGCGCCUGGCGCUCGGCGGCAGCGAUGACGCGCUGGCCAACGGCACGAAGGCCGACCUGCAGGCGGCCAAACGUCUCGCCAAACGCCUCUACAACCUGGACGGCUUCAGGAAGUCGGACGUGGCUCGACACCUCGGCAAGAAUAAUGAGUUCAGUCAGCUGGUCGCAGAGGAGUAUCUCAGUAACUUUAACUUCACGGGGCUGACCAUCGAUCAGGCGCUCAGGACGUUUCUGACCCGGUUCGCUCUGGUGGGAGAAAGUCAGGAGAGAGAGAGAGUCCUCGCUCAGUUCUCCAGGAGGUACAGAGAGUGCAACCCAGAGAGCCUGACCACUGAAGACAGCGUCCACACUCUGACCUGUGCCGUCAUGCUGCUGAACACAGACCUUCAUGGAAACAACGUGGGGAAGAGGAUGUCCAGCAGCCAGUUCGUCUCCAACCUGGAAGGUCUCAACGAUGGAAAAGACUUCCCCAAAGAUCUGCUGAAGACUCUGUACAGCUCCAUCAAGAACGAGAAGCUCCAGUGGACCAUUGAUGAAGAGGAGCUGAGGAAGUCCAUGUCGGAGCUGGCCGACGUCCGAACAGACUCCGCCUCCCACACCAUGAAGCGGCUGGGGAGUGGAGGAAACCCGCUUGUGGGCGUCGCCCAUCAGGCCGACGGCGAGCUGUACAAGAACGGCUUCCUGGUCCGCAAAGUCCACGCCGACCCCGACGGAAAGAGAACUCCACGGGGUAAGAGGGGGUGGAAGUCUUUCUACGCCAUGCUGAAGGGUCUGGUGCUCUACCUGCAGAAGGAUGAGUACCGUGCGGAGCGAGAGCUGACGGAGGAGGACGUGAAGAACGCCGUGUCCAUCCAUCACUCUCUGGCCAUGAGAGCAGCCGACUACAGCAAGAGACCCAACGUCUUCUACCUGAGGACGGCCGACUGGAGGGUCUUCCUGUUCCAGGCUCCGAAUGCAGAACAGAUGCAGUCGUGGAUCACGCGCAUCAACGUGGUGGCGGCCAUGUUUUCGGCUCCGCCGUUCCCCGCGGCCAUCGGCUCCCAGAAGAGGUUCAGCCGUCCCCUGCUGCCGGGGUCCAACACCAAGCUGUCCCAGGAAGAGCAGGUCAAAUGUCACGAGAACCGGUUCAGGGCGGUUUCCUCCGAGCUGGCCGACCUGACGGCCUCCACACCGGACCGGAAGGUGAAAGGUCGCGAGCUGGAGGAGCAGAAACUCCGACAGGAGUACCUGGAGUUUGAGAAAACCCGGUACGGUACGUACGCCAUGCUGCUUCGGGCCAAGCUGUCCAGCGGAGACGACGACCUCUCUGCCUUCGAGUCGCGGCUGUUUGACGACGGCGGCCUGCAGAGGGCGCACUCCAGCCCCACGCUGCCUCUGGAGGGCGCCAACAAGGAGAAGACCCGCGGGUCCAAGACGUCGAAAAGCUUAAAGGUCACGUCCUCGACCUCCAAGACCGGCGCGGGCACCAGAGAGGGAAGCAAGAAGAACGGCGGCGGCAACAAUCAGCAGCUGGAGCUGCAGAAACAGAGCAGCCAACAGGAAGAGGCGCCGUAAGGCGGCGAGAAUCAGGUUUUAUAUAAAGUGUGUAGCUGGAGACGGACAUGAUGCAUCAUGGGUAACAGGCUGACAUCCUCCUUUAAACCUUUUCUGUUAAACCUGAUUCUGAUUGGCCGAGGGGACUUUUCCUCCGGAGCCGAGCUGAGACGUUCGAGGUCGGUGGGAAAGGAAACGCUCGUCGGACGAGCGAAGUGUCGAGACAUUCAGGAAACACUAACGAGGUUCGCAACGUGUCGUCUGACCAUCAGCCAGCUGUCGGCUCAUUUCACGGCCAGACGGCGUUCAGCACCUUCACUUCCUGUCAGAUCUUCAUUUCAGGGACUUUAACCCUUCAGCGUCCUGCGGCGCCAUCUGCUGCUGCUGAGUUUGUAGGUACUUUUAUUUUUUUUUUCAUCUCUCAGAGCGACAAACACUGACCUCCUGCACCGUCUCCUAGCAACAAGAGAUGGACUCCCCCGCCACACAAACAAACAAACGGGCCGAGGCUGUGAUGAUGCGUCACAGAGUGUGUGUGUGUGUGUUGCAGUACUGUGAGUACACAGUAAUACUGCGUUAGCACUUGCUGUGUGUACUUCCAGCUGAACGUGAAGCUGCAGCUUGUUUUUUAUUCAUGUUGUUUUCCUCACUGAGUUCUGCUGAAACAAAGCGGCUGUACGGAGGUUUGUUAGUGACCACAAACUGACUGAGCAACAAACAGUCACUUAAACUCAAUCAGGCCGAGUCGACGGCCGAAUACCAUCCUUUACUCAUCGCUGCUUUGCUGCCUUUAUAGAGCGCCGACGUGAAACCACAACCACUUCUUCUUCUGCUCCAGACGUAAAACAAAACCUUAUUCAAAACUCCAUUGACAUUUCUAACAAUUCUAAAAACUAAAAACUCUUCCUCAACAUCACGUCGUCGGGCUCGCUUUAUGCGUUCGGCUCAGGACGGAAAAACAUUUAAAUAUUUAACAAAACCGUUUCCUGUUAGCCUGAACGUCACGGCUCGACAGAAGAGGCCAUCAGUUGCAGAAGCUGGACAGGAAGUGACGUCGUGACCUCGGCUCUCUAUAAACGCUCUGAACAAGUCUAACGCUCGCUCAGUAGUUUGGUCGUUAAUAAACUUCCUUUGUUUCUCUCUCUAUCCGCUGGAAACUUAAUAAUGUUUGAAUCCGUCCACUUUCCCCUCUCACCCCUCCCGGUCACAGAUGGAACACGUGUUGAUCGGAGAGUUCAGACGCUGUGAGUGAAACUUCCUGUCUCGCUCUUCACACGUCUUGUUGAAGUAAAGAAAAUGAACCUUUUGCUUGUUAAAGACAAACUGAAAAAUGAAAGUCUCCUGAUCAAAUUCGCUGUCGGACGCCUGCAGGGAUUCUCCACGUGCAGUUCCCUCUUGAAGCCAGCAGAGCGCGACGUUGAGCCGCGAACAGAUGUUCAGGCUCAAUCCCAAUCUUUCACAUUUACCUAAAAGUUCAAAUAUGACAAGGCCAGCGUUCAAAACUUUACAAAAGUACAAAUAUAUUAGAAUCAAACUUAACUUAAAAUAUGUAAAAAGUCCAUAUCAGAAUAAUUUAUAUGAUAUUAUUGGAUAAUUCAUCACUUUAAUGUUGCAGAUGGUACUUUAUUUACUGCAGGGAAGCUUAUAAGAUAAUUUAUCAGUUGGUCACAUUUUGUAUUAAUAAUCUGAAAGAUAAAUAUAGUGAGAGAGUAAAAAGUACAACAUUGGCUUCAGUGCAGUAAAUUUACUCUAACAUUUCUCCACUGUGAAAGAUAAUUAGGAGUUUUAGCGGGAACAGUGAAAUAAAUCAGAGUUGGACGUUACAGAAGUCAAAGUCAGAACUUCAUCUGGAGUUUCUUUUUCUUUUUUGAAUCUCGGGGACGAUUCAUCAUUUUAAAGGAAAAUCUGCAGAAUAAAGAAACAGUUAUCUGGUCACAUGAUCACUGUUGAGUCGUCCAGACAGACCUCAGAUCAGUGUGUAGUCGCUCUGACACCGGUCACGUUUCAGUUUGUGACGACAGACGUUGUCAGAUAUCCACUAAAAUAACUGUUUCAAGUCCAGAUUGAGUGAUCUCAUUAGGUUUAUAGGCUUCGUCCAGGUCACGGGUCAUUAAUAAUACUCUAUAUAAUAAUAUCCUGGGACGAUCAGCAUCGUCUUUGAUUUCCUUCCCGUUCAGCGUUUCCGGUUAGUAACAGGUGUAAUGAGAGGAAACGGUCACCAGGUGGCAGCAGAGAGAAGUGUUGGUGUUAAACAGAAUGAUCCACCCUAAAGUUUCAGAUUCAGACUUCACACACAAGCAGAAGCUGCAGAGUCGUUUCAUCUGUUGCUCACAGGUUUUUCUUUAUUUGGAAAUGAAACUCUUCAGACUUCUGUUCGUUUGACAGGUUUGUGAUCAGGAGCACAAAAAGAUGGACUCUUUUUAAUCCUGAACAUCAAUCUGUGACUCCAGAUUCCCUGAAAACGCUGAAGGAACGGCGGAGGUCUGGACUCCUAGAGGAGGAAAGGUUUGUGAUGAACGCGCCUCGGUGUGAUUACAGACUCACAGAAACACUGAGAGGGACGAACAGGAAAGUUCGACACUUUGAAUGAAGCUGUUUUCUCUUUGGUUUGAGCGGUCGUCUCCGUCCCGAAGACGCUUAAAAACAGCACGGAGGGCUUUAUCGAGUCGAACCACACGUCUCAGAGGUACAAGUGAAAGAUUCUUUCUGUCCGGUGGUCUGAAGAAAGUCGUCUCAUGACCUCGCUCCGCUUCUUGAGAUCAAAACAAGAAAACCGGUUCCGAACACGUCACACAUGUAGAUCUGGUUCUCAGUCCUCAUCAGUGCUCAUGAGCUCUGGGAUCAGAGAUCCUAUGUACGGGGGUUUGACGGUAAAUCCACACCAGCUGUUUCUGGCGCAGUCCGAGGCUUCUUACCCCCCGCCGCCGUCUCUGAAGCACAUGACACUAAUAGAGAGCCUAAGCCCCUCCCCCUCUGGUGGACCCCCAUGGAACCUUUCAACGGAGAGACAACUAAUGUUUUGACCCGUUUGAAUUUAGUCCUGAGUUACACACACGAUAAUUUAUUUCAAGAAAGUCACAGUUUGUGACAUUAGGUUAUUAUAUAUUUUCAUACUACAUAUCUCAUAAUUUUGACUUAAGUAGGUAAAAUAAUUCAAGUUAUUUAUUUUUUUAUUUUGUUAACUAAUUUAUCAUUUUAUUUUAAUUGACUUUCCAAAACAUUUCAAUGUCAGUUUAGGUCUAAUAUAUCAUAUUUUUUUUACAUAAAAAAGCCAAAUUUAAACUUAAUAAUUAAAGAUUGUCAAUUGUUCCCUUGAGUCCAAAUGUUUAUAGUUAUAUUUAGUGUUUCUUAAUUUCACUGAAAUAUUUUGACCUUUUGAGUCAAAAUUAUUUCUCACAAUAUGAUUUAAAACGUGACAAAAUUUACUUAGUGACAAUCAAGAAAGUCACCUUUUGUCAUAAAACUGCUGAAGUAUAAGGCUGUGAAAAUACGUAAUUACUAAGAACACAAACCCGCUAAAGUUACUGGAGCUAACGUUACUGGAGCUAACGUUACUGGAGCUAACGUUACUGGAGCUAACGUUACUGGAGCUAACGUUACUGGAGCUAACGUUACUGGAGCUAAUGUCAGAGCGCUUCCAUGUGUAGAUGAUGUGAUGAAAGGACCAGGUGUCGUUGGAUUAAACACAUCAGGUGAGAUACACAAUGAACAAUAGCUUAGCAUUACAGCGUUAACAUGUUGUAUGUGGUGCGAGAGGAGAGCUGUAGAUCAUUUAACGGUUUCACACAAAACCACGUUAUUUUCCUGUUUUACGACAAACUGCGACUUUCUUGACUUAAAUUAUCUUUUAAACUGACAAACAUCAUGUGUUUGACUUAGAGCAGAAUUCAAACUAGACAAAAACAUUUGUUGUCUCUCGCCGUUGAAUACGGAACAUAUUUAUUCUGAAAUAAGGUCCCAUGGGGCAGAAGAGGAAGCGAUGGACUUAGGGCGAACUCACAGAUCGCCUAGUGUGAGUUCGCAUCGGCUCUGUGCAUGAAGUCGUUCAUUUCCCAACCAACGUCCUGGUCGCUGGUCGUAAAGUGGAGUCAAAGAUGGCGACCAUCAGCUUUACCUCCAUUUUGUUUGAGGUUCUUUGACGUAGUUGGGCGGAGCUUCGGGGAAUCAAAACCAGCUGACCGGAUGAGUCGGGGGACAUUUACAUAAUUUUCAGCGUUUGUCACGCUUGACUCUCAGAGUUGUGGUCUGGGAUGUUUUUUGAGGUCUGUUUCACAAAGUUUGGCGUCUCUGGUCUCCAGUGUUUGUGUGAAGUGGAUGUUAGCUGAGACAUCAUCUAAUUAAACCUUGGUCCAAAUCAUAAAGAAGUUCUGAGGCUGAAGGUCUUGUGCAUCACUGUGAUGGUGACCGUCCUGGUCUGGUCCUGGUCUGGACCGGGUCUGACUGUUCUCUGGUCUCUUUCAUUGGCUUUAUGUCCUGCAACAUUUCAAAGAGUCCUUACUUUUAAAAUCCUUAGCGGACCUUCAUCCAGAAAGACCUCUGGGGUUCUUUGCAGUGAUGUGAAGUUCAGACCAAAUCUGUCCUCCGGCCUCUUCCCUUCCUCCAUCAGAGAAUCGUCUUCACGCCGGUCGGUGCGGGAGGAAGCCGCUGCUGCUGAUAUGCUAACGGACCGCAGGGCUCAGACUCAUCCUCCCGCUGAGCUGUUUGGCCCUCGCUGGGUCGUAUUUACUCCCUCAAAUAUCCAGUAAACUCGUGUAUUUCUGGUGUAUUUGUCGCACUGUGCAAUGUAAAGCAGCAUAGGAUGAAUUUGUCUAAAAGUCAUGGCCGCUUUCAGCUCUGUGUGUUUCCAAACCGUGUAAAUAAAUGUUCACGUUGAGAAGCCAUAUUGUAGUUGGGCUGAACGCCUGGCUAGCACUCGCUUUAGGGCACUUUGGUUUAGAUAUUUUAGAGUGAAAGCAGAUGUUGAACCUCCUCAGAGGGGUUGAACCCACCACUUUAUUUAUUCUGAUUGACGACAAAUUUAGUUUCUGUGAAAGAAUUUUUUUUUUUUUCUUGCGGCUUCGCUGCGUUCUGAAUGUUCGCCGCCGGCUCGCCGAUCGAUGGCUGUACAUACUGUCCACAUGCUGUGAGGUUUUGGUCGUAGUGAAAAUGUUUCGAAGGCUUAGAGGCAAAAAUAAAAACGUUUUGAAAACAAAA